UCGUGUCCAAUAGCUGUUAUUCAGAAAACACUCUUUGUACUUAUGUUUACUCACACAGAUUAUGUGGUGGGGUUGGGCUCUUUUGCUGGAUACUUCCCAAGCAACCAAAAGCUUUGGAGGUGGCAGCCCAAACGAUUCAAAUGCAAAUACUGAAGCCAGUGAGUAUUUUUCUGAUUACCUGCCAAGAUCCCAUUUUCUGAGAACACACUGGUGAAUCAAAAUUUAGUUUCGUGAAUGUUUAUGGACAACAACCAAGAGAGCAGCUCCAAAUCCCAUCUUUUCAAACAAAUUCUGCUUCUCUUCUAAGGCAUGUUCUGAAAUCCAUUUGGGCUCACCAGUCCAUGUCUAGUUCUUGCCAAGUAUGAAAUAUCCAUAGAGUCUCUUCUUUUCUUGGUCACACUUCCUUUUCUUCUGGAAAAGAAGGUGAUGCUCAGACUGAUGCUGAGAGACAUUCUUGCUCUCCAGUGCCUUUGAUACUCACUGCCUGCUUCUGCCUCUAACUCGCACAACAAAUGCGAUACAGAAAACACUCAUUGCUUUUAAAUUCAGUUGUUAUUCCUUCAGUGGAAAUGGCUACUUUCUGGCCUUUUUUCUCCCCAGAGCAGAAGUGCAUGAGGUGGGGUGAUGGUUUGCUGUGCUUCCAGUAAAGCAUGUGCUUCCUAUGGUAACUGGUGUUUCCAGUUGACCCACUGCAAUUCUCAGGUGUUCCUCAGCGUGGACUGUGUGGAGGACUGUGAAGAACACAUAUAACAGACUGAUUCCCUCAGGCCUGAGAUCUGCACCUACCCUGCAAGCAAACUGCUGCUGUCUCUCUCUGUCUUUUUAUUUUAGGAGGUGUCACAUCAGCAACCGGGCUUGAGGGGAGAUUGAAGACCAAGAGGGAACAGUGAUGGAUGGGCUAAUGCCAGGCUCAGAAAAGUGAGCUUUGCCCAGUGCUUCCCAUUUCAUCCGUGCUCGCCCAAGGCAGAAGCUGCCCUUCCUGCUCCUCUGGCCCCUCGGCAAGAGUGGCCACACAUCUGAGUCACCAUGGGCAAGAUGGACAACCCCUCUGUGGAGCUGAACUCUCCCUCCGAGGUGAAGCAGGCAGCCCUGGAGGAGCCAGAGCCCAUCACCCCUGAGGUUGUGAGCACUAAGAAGAAGAAGAAGGAGCUCCCAGAUAGAGGUUCCUGGAAGGGGAAAUUUGACUUCUUGCUGUCCUGUGUGGGCUAUGCUAUCGGUCUGGGCAACGUCUGGCGCUUCCCUUAUCUCUGUGGCAAGAAUGGAGGAGGGGCCUUCCUCAUCCCCUAUUUCCUGACACUGGUGUUUGCUGGGAUUCCUCUUUUCCUUCUGGAAACUGCUCUGGGCCAGUAUACCUCUGUCGGUGGACUGGGAGUCUGGAGAUUGGCACCCAUGUUUAAAGGAGUGGGACUGGCAGCUAUGGUUCUCUCCUUCUGGCUGAACAUCUAUUACAUUGUCAUCAUUGCCUGGGCUCUCUACUAUCUCUUCAACUCUUUCACUGCGGACCUGCCGUGGCAGAACUGUGGGAAUGCCUGGAACACCGACCGCUGCUUCUCCAACUACUCCCUGAAUGACACCACCAACCUCACCAGCGCCGUCACCGAGUUCUGGGAGAGGAACAUGCACCAGAUGUCGGGGGGCCUGGGGGAGCCCGGCUCCGUCCGCUGGCCCCUGGCUGGCACACUGGCCCUGGCCUGGCUGCUGGUCUACUUCUCCAUCUGGAAGGGUGUGGAGUGGACAGGCAAGGUCGUGUAUUUCUCAGCCACCUACCCCUACUUCAUGCUUUUCAUCCUCUUAUUCCGUGGAGUCACUCUGCCGGGAGCCAAGGAGGGGAUCCUCUUCUACCUCACGCCUGACUUCAGAAAGCUCUCCGACUCUGAGGUCUGGAUGGAUGCAGCCACACAGAUCUUCUUCUCUUAUGGCCUGGGGCUGGGGUCCCUGAUUGCUCUGGGGAGCUACAACACUUUCCACAACAAUGUCUACAGAGACUCCAUUAUUGUCUGUUGUAUAAACUCCACUACAAGUGUAUUUGCUGGAUUUGUUAUUUUCUCCAUCAUUGGCUUCAUGUCACACAUCACAAAGAAGUCAGUCUCAGAGCUGGCCUCCUCAGGCCCCGGACUGGCUUUCCUCGCCUACCCACAGGUUGUCACGCAGCUGCCCCUGUCACCUCUCUGGUCAGUCCUCUUCUUCUCCAUGCUGAUGAUGUUGGGUCUGGAUAGUCAGUUCUGCACGGUGGAAGGGUUCAUUACAGCCCUGGUGGAUGAGUAUCCUCAUCUCCUAAGAGCCAGGAAGAAGAUCUUCAUCGCAGUGGUCUGUUUCAUCUCUUAUCUCAUUGGAUUCUCCAACAUCACCCAGGGUGGCAUUUAUGUCUUCAAGCUGUUUGAUUACUACUCAGCCAGUGGCAUGUGUCUUCUCUUUCUUGUCUUCUUUGAGACCAUCUCAAUCUCUUGGUGUUAUGGUGUGAACAGGUUUUACAGGAACAUCGAAGAAAUGAUUGGCUACAAGCCUUGCAUCUGGUGGAAGAUCUGCUGGGCCUUCUUCACACCUCUUGUCUGCCUGGGUGUGUUCUUCUUCAGUGUGGUGGAAAUGACCCCUCUGACAUUGGGAAAAUACGUCUAUCCUGCAUGGGGGCAAGGCCUUGGUUGGCUUAUGGCUUUGUCCUCCAUGGUACUGAUUCCAGGAUACAUGCUGUACUCUUUCUUCACCUCAAAGGGGACUCUCCGGCAGCGUUUGCAGCAGAUGACACAGCCCAAAGCAGAGGUUCACAUGCAGAACAACGGCCUCCAGCCAAAGACGUCCUUGAAUGGAAGGAUCUCAGAUGCCACUGUCUAGGAGGAAAGCCUGAACAUCCCCACCCUGUCCCGUAGCUGCUCGCUCCGCAUUGUCCCUCGAGCUCCUCCGGCGCAGCUUCAUGUCCUUGGCUCCGUGAUGGCUUUCACUUGUUGAAGAGGGGACCUGGCGGAGGAGCCUCCUUGUGUCCCUCCUGGCCUGGCUUACCAAGGCCCUGAACAAGCUGUCACCGGGGCGUUGUGCGGUGACCGUCUUCAUCCUGCAGCAUCCUGGUCCAGGCUCUCAGGGAGGAGCAGCCAGUGCCCACGCCUUCCUCCUCCUGAGCAGAGGUGAUGUCUCUAGAGAGCUUAGACUGACUGUUGUCCACUUUGCUUUUCUUGCCUUUCCAUGUGAAACUCUGCAGAGCAUCCCCCAGCACACAGCUGUGCUUUCACCCCACAGAUCUUGCUGACACUGGGUUCAAAUUGCAGGUGGCUGUUGAUUUAUGGAGCAUAAACCAACACUAACAAACAACUGGAGGGGAUGUGCAGAACAAAGGAUACUAGUGCAGAACAAGGGAUUCUAGUGAGGAGUCCAGCGUGCUGGUAGCUGUAGGACACCACCCCAAAACUGGAGAAGGGCUUAAGGACAAUGUGUGCUGCUCACAGGUGCCAGGUUUCAGCCCUGCACAGUCUCCAGCUGUGUUCCAUGCAUCCACUGGGGCUGGCCCUGUGAGUCAAAGCCCUGCAGAGCAUGCAGCCUUUCUCUUCUGGAGCAUCCUGCCCUCUGCAGCUCUGUGCAAUAGCUAGUCCCUGACCCUAAAAUGCAGUUAAAAGGGUAAGUGAAGGGCUCUUUGCUAGAGGCUGUCCGAAUCUGCUACAUGACCACUCUCUGCUACAACCAGCUUUGUGCAGAGGCAAGAGGUCCACCAUGUGAUAGAGAGAUUUUCCAGCACUCCCCCCAGCCAAUCUCCCACCGGCUGGAAAAAGGUAGUUCCUUCCAAACACCUGCAUCCCUGGGUGGGAAAUAAUAUGAUGCAGCACAGUGCCCAUGGAUGGUUUAGUUUACACCUUUUCUGUGAAGUGGCAACACCUAAAUCCCAGGAGCUCCUGAGGCAAUUGGUAGGAUGUAGCCCCCAUGCUUAAACCCACCCCUGUGAACCAGUGCUGAUGACCCUUGGGAAGUAUCUGUACAGCCUGCUACUGGCAUUGGCACAUCCCAACUCCAAACACACACCACAGGAGACAGUGAGCUGGUGUAGAUGAUGCUGGAGGAGAGUAACACCACAGAGAAGGCUGGGAAGUAUUUCAGAGCAGUCCUAAAGCAGCAAUAUAUUUCUUGGUUAUAAAGCCUUGUGAAAGGAGGUGUCUCAUCAUAGCACCAUGUGUAGGUGUGACAGUGAUGUUUCCAUUUGUGCCAGCUGCCCAAUGACCCCAUGCAGGGAUAACUGUGUACUCAGAGCAUUUAAAGAGCACCUACCACACAUGUGCACACAUGGUGUGACAGUGCAGAUUAGUCUCUCCCUACCCAUAACACAGCACUGGCACUGCUCACACUUCCAGGUUCAGCUCAGAAUCAACAGACUCAUAAAUGUGCAUCCAAGAAAAGCUAUGCCCCACCCACACCUCCUACGAAGGGUCUGGUCUCAUAAGUGACACAGUGCAGUCCCCUUGAGGUCCCACCUCAGGCGCCAGCUGAGUGAUGAGCCUUUGCACAGUUGUCCUGCACUCUGACAGCAGCUGCAAAAUGCUGCAGGUUGGCCCUGUGCUGCCUGUCCCUGGCACCUGCCAGUGCACGGGGCAACCUGCUCUUCUGCCAGUCUUCCAGCCUGAGGAUCAGUAACAGAAGGAGGGGAGAAGUUUUCUGGUUAAAGCUGAAGUCGGUCGCCUUUGGGGAUGGGUCCCCUGCCAACUUGCCAAUGCAUCUCAAUUAAUGUUGUUUCAGAUGUGUAACCCAUUUUUGUUUGUACACGUGGCUCUUAGUGGCUGUGACUGCCAGGCCUUGAGUGUGUGUUUUGUGGUCUCCAACACCCUGAGCUGGGAUCACACCCUGUUCCAUGUGUAAUCAGUCGGGUGUUUGCGUCAAAAAAAUCACAGCUGUUAAACAGACAUGAGGAAACACCGAAUUUACAGGCUUGAUCUCGUAAAGCCGAAAGCCAAACACUGAGAGCUGCAAUCAUAGCUCAUCACAAUUAAUCUCAGCCUGUCACAGACAUGUCAUCUUUCCUUGUCCCUUAUUUGUUUGCGCUAGUACAGCUGAAAAUUUCUAUUCCAAUUUCACCUAUUUUUAUGAACCAGGGCAAUAAAGGAAACCACUCUUUAUAAGCAG